UGCUCCAAGUACAUACUGUUAUAAAGGUUGCAUUUAUAUAAAGACAGAGGGACAUGCACUGGGAAUCCCUGCUUGGAAAGGAAAAAGACUGGAGGAUUUUGGAAGACACACUAUGAGAAUCCUAAUUUUUCUCCUCACACUGAGCGUUUUCUUAUGUUCAGGGUUUCCAGCACAUGAGUACGACCUCCCUGUCACAGAAGAGGCUCUCAAUGCUUCCCUUGCAUGGAUCAAUUCCCAGUCAUGGAGCAGAAACCUGUAUGGUGUUGUCAGGAGCCGAGUCAUGGGAGUGGACAUGUGGGACAGUGAUACUUAUGGGUUAGAUCUGCACUUCAGCAUCUGCGAGACCGUGUGCACCAAAGCUUCGGGGAGAGAUCCCUUUACCUGUGACUUCAAAACUGGCCCUUUUGUGCCCACUGCUUCCUGCAGGAGUGUUGUGGAAGUCUCUGGAGGGCUGAUUGCCAACAUCACUGUGCGGUGCCAUCGCAGCAUAUUCAGCUCUGAAUCCAUGAGCAGUGAGGAGAUGAUGCACGUGCCCAUAACGACCCCUGACAGGCGAGGCAGCGCUCGCAGGGAAGAUGAUGCCUUUGCUCCUGAAGCCUUCCCUUCAAGGGGAAGAGACAGCAGCCGUGGAGAUUGGAACAAACCCAGCUACUUCAGCCCUGACAAGAUGGAAUAACCUUGGUUGGAACCUGGUGCUGACAGACAAAGCUGGACAAGUCCAGAUUGGAGAGUGAGAAGAGUCAAGAUUCAAAGAUCCAGCAUGGGAAGAAAGAACCUGAUGACUUGGCCUUUCCUUUUUGGUGAAAAAACUUUUCUUCUGUGUAGUGAGAGUCUUUCCCCAAGCUGACUUUCUGCUCUGACAGCAACUGGAGGAGCUCAUGAGAUGCUAAAUACACUCUGAUCCAUCGAUAGCCCUGCUGAUGUGUUAGGUCUCCCUGCGAGAACUCCGAUUUAACUGUGUCCAGGACCUUUCCACCAUCCCAUAAUGAUGCUAUUAAAACCUCAUUAUUCCA